UCAUUACUUAACAAAGCAAGAUAUUGUUAUCAGAGUAAAUUUUUAGCUAAGCGAACUUAUCAUUAAGUGUAUUGGUUAUAUGGUUUCGUUUAUCAAUUAACUCACAUGGAGCACUUAUUCAAAACUAUGUUCAGAAUCGCUGGCGAAAAAAGUCACGCACAACGAGAAAAACAUUAAAUUCAUUUCCAUUGUGAGACUGAAUUUAGGAACAUAAAUAUAGCAUAUGUUUCUGGUUUCUUUAUUAAAAACUAUAGGAAAAAUGGUUGUUGAUAAAUCUCCAAAAUUAAAUUACUGUAACAAAGUUAUAUUAGCUCCAAUGGUACGAGUUGGCACUUUACCUACCCGUCUAUUAGCUUUGGAAAUGGGUGCUGACAUUGUCUACUCCGAAGAGUUGAUAGAUCUCAAAUUAGUUAAAUGCAAACGCAUAAUAAAUGAAUUAUUAAGUACAGUGGAUUAUAUAGAUCCCUCAGAUGGUACGAUUGCAUUCCGGACUUGCGAUUUAGAAAAGCCAUUUGUCGUUUUACAAAUGGGAACAAGUGAUGCCACUAGAGCUUUAGCUGUGGGUCAAUUGGUGCAGAACGAUAUAUCCGGUUUGGAUAUUAAUAUGGGCUGCCCAAAGGAAUUUUCUAUUAAAGGGGGUAUGGGUGCUGCUUUAAUGGCACAACCGGACAAGGCCGUACAUAUAUUAAAAACAUUGGUAGACAAUUUAAGAAUACCGGUCACGUGCAAAAUCAGAAUCCUUCCCAAUUUGCAAGAUACCGUUGAGUUAGUUAAGAAAUUAGCUUCCACAGGUAUAUCGGCUUUAGCCAUACAUGCACGUACUCGUGAUGAAAGACCCCAACACAAUCCUCAUCCCGAUUUUAUUAGAGAAAUUGUUAAACAUGUAAGCAUACCUAUCAUAGCCAAUGGGGGUUCACGCGAUAUACAAAAAUAUGCGGAUAUACUGAAAUUUCGAUUGGAUUGUAAUGCGUCUAGCGUAAUGGUAGCACGAGCAGCGCAGCUAAAUGUUUCAAUAUUUCGCAAAGAAGGUUUGUUACCGAUAGAUGAAGUGAUUUUCAGAUAUCUAAAACUUAGCGUUGAUUAUGAUAAUCCUCCUCACAAUACCAAAUAUGGAAUACAAAGUAUAUUAAGAGAUUUGCAGAUGACACCGAGAGGCAAAAAAUUUUUACAAUGUCAAACAAUGCAGCAAAUGUGUGAAAUUUGGGAUUUAGGGGAUUAUUGUCGCAAUAAGGAGUUGGAAAUAUUUAGAAGAGGCAAGGUUGGACGUCGCAAGGUAAUGCCCGAUCAGAUCAUCAACCGUGAUCUCGACGACGGGGAAAUUGCAACCAAAAAACCUAAAACCGAGAAUAAGAUUGAAAUAUCUGUCAUUGAGGAUAUUAUUGAAGAAAAUAUUUCCUUUUUACGUUGUAAUUAUAGUUCGGAUGUUAGACUCUUUCCGAAGUCAGUUCUUUACACAUAUGCCAACAUACAAAACAAAUUACCUGCUUGUUAUGAAACAGAAGGUCAAAAUAAAUUGUUUCGUUCCAUGUGCAAAUUCGAUGGAAAGCUGUAUCGCAGCACAUUUUGGCAGAAGAAUAAACGUCAAGCUGAACAAGCCGCUGCCUUGGUUUGCCUUAAGCAUAUUGGUUUAGUGGCGGAAGAGGAGUUAAUUAAGAAUGGCAGCAUUUUGAGAUGAUGUUAAUGAUUUAAAUAACAUUUA